CACCUCCUAUUUUUCUACUUAGCCUACCUGAGCACGACCAACCACAGAUCCAACCAUCAUGAAUUACAGUGCUGCAACAUGGGGCUUCAGCGUGUUUACAAGAUGUCCAAUAUAUUCGGGCAUCGUCUCCAACGUUGAUGAAAUUCACCGCUCUGGUAGUUGGUCUCCCCCAGUUACCUCCCAUAGAUCUGAGUCAAUACGACCCUCCGCAGCCCUCUCAAGAACCGCUGCAAGGCCACGCAUGGUCCUCGAACGGAUAUCCUGCUGGUUGCUGCACCCAUGGUUCCAAUAUCCCAGGUCCCUACUACAGUCGACACCGCAAUCCUAGGCAACGGGUUCGCCUGGUGCGUAUCCUUCGUGGCCCUCUGCGGUCAUUCAAGCAUUGCUGCAAGAUCAUACAUCCCAGCAUGGAUAUCAUGCUGGCCUGCCAGGCGCGUAUUACCCCAACACGACAUCCCCCCAAGGGCACGAUAUUCAGUUGCAGACGGGAUUUAGUGGGAACACCAAAUCGGAGCCAUCUUCCUCUGCACUCGACAGGACAGCGCCUGCUAAUUCUCACAAGCACAAAGCCCGCCAGCCUGUUAAAGUCGAGAUUGGUAGUUCGAAUUCGUCUCUCCCACACAAGCGCAGGCGCCCGAAGGACGAGGAAAUCGGAAACGGGAAGUUUGGUCAGUACACGCUAACGGAUGCCAGUGCUUGUACAUGACCCAAAGCCGGUAGACAUCAGCGGCUGCAGAACUCACGAUGCCUACGGUAAUGUUCUUCAAACGAGGAGAUAGCAUUGCUCGGAAACUGAGCCAAUGGUGAAUUUGGGCCGUCAUAUUGAAAGCAACCAUUAUACUACAUCCUACCAAUACCCCUAUUGCAAGAAGAGGUGGUCUAGGACCGAUUUUU